AUUAUUUACGUUGUCAGCCAUUAAUUCCUGAGAACAAAAGCCAAGAAAUAACUCUCUCUCUCACACACUCUCUCUCUCUGCGACGCAUUUAUUUUCUCGAUCAUCCUGAUCACGUGGUCGUCGUUUUCACGAUGUGUUACGGUCAGCAGCGACCCUUCUCCAGGGACAGCCUAACCCAGUCGCCACCCGCCGGGCCGCCAAACCCCGACAACGUCGUGGCGGUGGACACACUGCGGGGCCGGCUGGCCGAGACCGAGGCUCGGCUCGCCCGCGCCAGGGCUCGCGAAGCCGAGCUCAGCCGCCGCCUCGAGGAGAUGAAGCGCUUUGUCUCCGUCAUGGAGAUCCUCGAGACCUACCUCAAACGACGCUUCCGCGAGCAACAACAACACGUCGCCCGCCUCUUCGCCCCUCCGCCCCAUAAAUAGAAACUUCUUCCUACUCGAUACUUCAAACGUCUUGAAAUUGUGAGGUGCUUGCUCAUUAGGUGUUGUAUAAGAUAGGAAUUGGCUGGAGAUAGUUGAUGUUGGAAAGCCUCUCCAUGUUAUAAUGUUGGAAAGAAAUCCAGGUUAUGCUUCUCAAACAUGUGUUUCAAUGGAAAAAUUCUUAAUCUGGCUUGAGGAAAUGAAGGUUUCAUUCUAUAAA